GGCUGGGAGGAGGAGCCGUGAGCCGCGGCGGUGGCAGCGGCUGCUGCGGCCGCCUGGGGAGCCCAGCCGAGUGCCGCCUGGGGCUGCGGGGAGUGCGGGGAGACGGAGACACCGGUCGAGCCCGAGCAGCGGGGCCGAGCAGCGGAUUGGCCAACGGUUCCUUUCAACCCUGCCUCGUUGGUGGCCACUGGAGAAGCGCGGGGGGCUCCCCAGACAGCCGUGGGGACAAGUUAGAGCCAGCACUUUACCCCGGGCCUCGCGUGUAGCUUUCCCUCCCCUGUUCUAGGUGCCCCAGUGUCCAGAGGGGGGUGCGGGUGUGCCCUCCUUACAUGUUCCACUGCCCGGGCAACCCUUCGGUCUCGUGUUCCAUCUCGCUCUUGCUUCCUGUACCGUAGUCAAGUGGAGCCACUUUGCAUCAUGUCCCGGUAUAGCUACCAAAGUCUCCUGGACUGGCUCUAUGGGGGUGUCGACCCCAGUUUUGCAGGCAAUGGGGGCCCCGACUGUGCUGCCUUCCUGUCUUGGCAGCAGCGGCUGCUGGAAAGUGUGGUGGUCCUGACCCUGGCCCUGUUGGAGAUCCUGGUGGCCCUUCGGCACAUCCUGAGGCAGACGGAGGACGGUAGGGGUGGCCGUGGCAGCCAGCCACAGCAGGUGACCCAGCGGCCUGAUGAAGGCAAGGAGAGCCUGAGCAAGAAUCUGCUCUUAGUAGCCCUGUGCCUGAUCUUCGGGGUGGAGGUGGGCUUUAAGUUCGCCACCAAGACCGUCAUCUACCUGCUCAACCCUUGUCACCUGGUCACCAUGAUGCAUAUAUUCCUCCUGGCCUGCCCUCCAUGUCCGGGAGCUAUCGUCGUCUUCAAGUUACAGAUGCACAUGCUGAAUGGAGCUCUUCUGGCGUUGCUGUUUCCUGUGGUAAAUACGCGGCUGCUCCCCUUUGAACUGGAGAUUUACUACAUUCAGCAUGUUAUGCUCUAUGUGGUCCCCAUUUACCUGCUUUGGAAAGGAGUGGACUCUUACACAAUAUUGAGGACUGUGGCUGCUGAGCUGACUCCUGGGUGCUUACACCCCAGAGCCCCUCAGCAGUUUCCGGUGGGCUCUUCUCUCCACGGGCCUCAUGUUCUUUUACCACUUCAGCAUCCUGCAGAUCCUCGGCCUGGUCACCGAAGUGAAUUUGAACAACAUGCUGUGUCCGGCCAUCUCAGACCCAUUCUACGGCCCCUGGUAUCGCAUCUGGGCCUCGGGACACCAGACUCUCAUGACCAUGACCCACGGGAAGCUGGUCAUCCUGUUCUCAUACAUGGCUGGGCCCUUGUGUAAAUAUCUGCUGGAUUUGUUCCGGCUUCCAGCCAAGAAAAUAGACUGAAGGUGCUUGGGGUUUUGUUUUGUUUUAUUUUGUUUGUUUUUUUUUGUUUUUGUUUUUUGUUUUGUUUUGUUUUGUUUCUCCCUGAGGAAUCAAGUCCUGACUUGACUCAGAGAAUAUCCAGUUUUUGACAGACUCAUUGGUGAGGGCAAUAGGAUACUUGGUGAAUUUCUUUUUUUCUUCCUCUUUGUCCCUUUCUUCCACAACUCUUCCCUCCUCAGCUCCUCCCCAUGAAUGGCUCUUCGUGCCUGGAAUAGUGCUGGGGGCUGGAACUUACUUCCUUUCAUCCCCUGGCCUCUGGGUCCCUACUGUGUGCCCCAUCCCUGUGCUUGGCCUUACCAAGAGAAAUGGUAGUCAGUGCCCUUUACAUUGUUUGUCGGUGCUUUUUAACAACAGCUAGUUGAAGAAGCGGGGAGCAGCAAGUGGUAGUUCCCCCAGCACCCCAGCAAUGAAACAGUGUUCCAGUCACUUCUCCACUGCCAGGGACCUCCAGGCUCAUGCUGGGGUCUCCUUUUACCUCCAGCAUAGCCCCCACCAAAAGGGGACCAAGGCCUUGUUUCUAUACCAGCUGCAAGCCCAGAGCCGAGGGACUUCCCAGAUCACAGCCAAAAUAUAUUCUUCCAGUGACGGGUGUCCCGUGAUGUAAAGCAGGGAGCCGCCCAGCCACUCCUUCUAGGGUGCUGCCUGGGGUGGGAGGUGACAGCAGUGUGCAGGCUGAGGGCAAGAUUCCACAGUGGGCGGCCAGAGGUCUGUUGCCACAGCAAGUCUGAAGUCAAAAGGGUGAAGGUGUGCACAGUACCAGGCAGGACACCCCCCGGCUCCUGUCCCCCCAAAGAACCUUCCCUGUGAAAUAUGAGAGCCGAUCCACACUCCAAUGCAAAGUGAGCAAAGAAAUUAAGAAGCCAACUAAGUCGAGUGGCAACUCGAGAAAGCUGUGAUCUGAAGCCUAGUCUAUGUCAUGUGGAUAAUUAGGCAACACUCUAGUCUCAGCGGCCCCCAACCAUCCUCAUUGUCUCUGUACAUGUCUCUGUUUCUCUUUGUCUGCAGCUGCUUCAUGGAAGAGGGAGCUGGAGGCGGGGCUUGGGUGCUGUUUGGCUGUUUCCUAUUUGGGAUGUUUGAAAUGGGGGAACCCUUGCAUUUUGGGAAGGUACUCUAGAGCCAUUCCUGGCACUUCGAGGACAUGUCCACAGCUCCCCAAGGCAGUUUCUUUACGGCUUGAUUUCUUUCAUGUAGCUAGACUCUGCUUAAGUGUUCAGUGUGGGGAAACAUCCUUGGUUUGGCAGCUUGACGAUGUCCAAAGCCCAUGUGUAGGUUGAAAGGGAACCGCCAAUGGAUCAGGUUCCCAUAGGUAGCGGUUCAAGUGUUCUUUAGGAAGGAACUUUGGUUGAAAGAAAGGUACUUACUCAUGUAUGGACCACAAAGGACACCAGUGUCUGGACAUUGCUGACUCAUUGUCAGCUUCUAAAUAGGAGGAGAUUUGCUUAAGAAUAGAGAAAGAAGUUUGUGCUAUAACCACCCCAUGUCCCGGUUCCGGUUGCAGUAUUCAAUGUGAGUUUGUGGGUGUUAGGCCUAACCUGAGCUUCAGUGACUCGGUGGCCAUGAAACGGACUUGCCAGGGAAGCAGCGGCAGGAGAGUCUCCCUGAGCAGAUGGAAACUAAGGGAAGCAUCUCUGGGAGGGGUUGCUUGAACAUGAGUUGAUUGGCUCUGAGGUACAAAAGAAGAACUCCUAGUGUGUUUGUUCCCCUUGAGCUCCUGCCAUGCUUCUUCCUCCUCUCACCCUCUCGCUGGUCUCUGGAAGUGCUUCUUCUGUUGCUGUUUUCCUCACCCCCUCAGAGAAGUCUUGGGUGAAUAAAAUGAGUGAGAGCCUCCCUGGCCCUGGGCCUCUCUAUAGAAGAGCAUGGAAAGAGGUCAUGAAUGAAGCUCGAUUAAUAAAAACUCAGAGACAGAAAUUGGGGUUCAGCCUGAGGAUCAGAAAAGCAAAGCAGCCAACCACUGGCUCUUACCUCAGUCCAGGUUCUCAGAAUGAGACUGUGUCUGAGAGCUACUUCCUCCUGUCUUGUAUUCCUCUCUAGUACUGGGAUUAAAGGUGUGGGUUACCACUGCCUGGUCUGUAAGGCUGAGCAGUGGGGCUCUUUUACUCUCUGAUCUUCAGGGAAGCUUUAUUUAUUAAAAUACAAAUGAAAUGUUGCUACACAUGAGGCCUACCAUGGCCCUUGCCACAACAUAUAGCUGCUGCCUGCGGUGAUGUAGGGCCUCAGCUGAGGGAGCCAACUCCAGAAUGCCACAGAGGUGGGAGUGCCGUACACGCUUCUUCCCCGUCUGGGCACCAUGGCCCAGAUUGCCAGGCAUCUUGGGCUUUCCCUGCAUUGGCACGCCUCCAGUAGCUUGCCUCUGCUUUGGCAGCAAAUCAACAAACCCAUUUCUGGUAGGCAUUUUCUGGCACUCAGAGGGAGAGAAGAAACUCAAAGCCAUGCUGCCUGGCUCGGCCAGGCCAGAGUCAGACACACCUAUCAAGAAGGAGGAAGUAAAGCAGAGAUGCAGGGCCCUAGGUUGGCUCAUAGGUACAGAAAUUAAAAUAAACAGUUUGUGGCUCUUUCAACAGAUUCCACAGGGAGUAUUGGGUUAGGUUUGAAAUGUUGGGGUACAGGGGACCCUUUUCAUUGCUUCUCUUACUUUGGUCCAGACCCACAUGAAAAGAGGUAACCUACCGAGGCUCUACUGUAUGUUGUGGAAGUUGCCCCCAGGUAUGUCCAACAGCCUUCCUGACAGUAGAGACUGUUAACCAGAGACAAAGGAGAAGACAGUUGGGACUGACUCUACAGUGCCUCCUCAGGCUUUUCUUGUCCCUGUGAAGGCUGUUCCCUAGUUACCUUGGCCGGAGUUCUGUAUAUCGCCUACCAUGCAGUAGCUCCGUGCCUGUGUGAGAGUUCUCAUAGAGGGGGCCCGUUUCUUUGAGAUUGUCCCAGCAAGAGAGCCUAGUGCAUCCUCAAGCCCUCAGCAUACAUGGGCAAGGAGCUGUGCCACCAAGAACAAUUGGCUAAGCCAGAAAAUUUGUGGCAGCCACUCUGAGUAACAGAGGUUGUUUUUCCCACUUAAAGCUUCUUCCCGCCCCCAGUAUUUGGUUUUGUAUAUCUAAGUCUUGGCCCAAACAUCCUCCCAGAAGCCUAGCAGCAAGCACUUCUGUCCUCCUGGGGUACACUGUAGAGAUUGGGAGCCACCACCUCCACCUCUCUAAGUCUGUCUUCUGUCUUCCUGUGGACUACUUUGUACCUGUGGACUUCCAGGGUCUAAGUGGGCUAUGUAGGGUCUGUUGUGCACUUUAUUCUGUGGUUCUUCCAAGUACCUGUCAGACCUUCGCUUUUGCUGUAGCCUCUGCUGGGGCUUUGCUGUAUGUGAUCAUGGAAGAGUCAGUGUUUUGUGACAUAAUUACAAGCUUCUCCCAGAUAACUCGGUGUUAGCAGGGCUCUACGCAGAAGAACUGGGGUUAGGGAAUGCUUUGAGUUGUGUUGAGCCUGGUGUUUGGGAGAUGACAAGGGCCCUUUUUAACCCUCCUUCUGCCAAAUAGACUUUCCUGGAAUUCUGUCACUCGUUUUCUUUGGGAGAGAAGUUUCUGAAUGGUUUCUACUGUAAGGGAGGCUUGCGGGGAGGAAAAGGGGGUCUUCCGACACUGUAGGACAUGACCCUGCUGCUGGUUUUAGUGAGCCAGGGCCAGGCAUCCCAGGCAACUUGGGAAGGCCCAGGACUGGGAAGCCAUGUCCUGUGUCUCCCCCCCAACCUCCCCAGCCUUGCCCUCUCUGAGUCCACGAGAAGAGCCAGUCUUCCGCUGGUAUAUACAACUGCAGGAAGACCACAAGGUACUUGAUGUUGCCCUCAUCUUGAGACACUUGUGUAUACUGAUUUGCUACUUGUGGCAUUGAACAGACCCCCCACCCCCACUCAAUGAUAAACAGAUCAGAAACAAAAGUCAUUUUAAGCAGAAAUGAUGUUUUGGAAACUCUUGAUUUAUUUUGGUGUCAAUAUUAUAUAUGAUUUUAAAGCAUUCCUGGUUUAUUUGAUGCAAUUUUAGUGAAGAGAACAGGACUGAAUGGUGUCCAAUUAUUUCUUCUGGGACACUGGUGAGCGCCUCUUCCUCCAUCCUUCUUCUCCAGCUGGGACUGUCAUGUACUGUCACCCUCAUGUGCCAGGCUCCCUUGAGAGCCAGUCUCUGAACUCCCUAGAUGGCAUCGAGCCUCUUCGUGAGGCUGCUUCUAGGGCGCUCUUUACUCCCCCAUCUCUAGUCUACCUCCCCUCUUUGGGUGUUUUUGUAAUGGGUUUUCUCUGUUUUGUACAACCCCUUUGAUUGUACUUAAGUGGUUUCUGCAGCCACCUUUGGAAAGAAAUGGUCCUUAAUUUGUGUACUUAGCGUUUUUUGAAUCUUAGCCUCAGGUGUUCCUGCUGUUGAAGAUCCCUGAAUGAAAAGGAACCCUCCCCAUGGGACUUAUUGUUAAAAUGUUUUCUUCAUUUGCUGUUAUUAAAAGAUUUAUGAGAA